AUAUUACCAGCCACCCAGUCACUGUUCUAUCAAAUAUUCUUCAGUUUUAAUCCUACAGCAUUCCUAAGCUACCCAGGAUGCUGUGUCAUAAGGGGCAGGCCUCUAGUGAUACCUAGUAACAGUGUCCAUGAAUCAGGAGAGACUUUUAUUAGCGAUAUUCACACUAGAAUCCCAACAAUAUGUGGUAUAACAACACGUUACACUUGGAAGAACCCACUGGGUUUAGUCAAUCAAUUAAUGAACCCAAGAGCCAUGAGGUACCCAGCUAAUACUAGACCGGCUGUUACCAUGGCAAUAAGGAAGAAACCUGUCUCACUGGGUUAUCCAAAUAUCCCAAAAGUACUUCAAAACUAUAGACCCCAUUCUACUGGGGCCAGCCUUCUUUCUACUGGAGCCAGCGUUCCUUCUACUGGAGCCAGCGUUCCUUCUACUGGAACCAGCGUUCCUUCUACUGGAGCCAGCAUUCCUUCUACUGGAGCCAGCGUUCCUUCUACUGGAGCCAGCCUUCCUUCUACUGGAGCUAGCGUUCCUUCUUCUUGUUAUGGAUCCUCAAAGAGAGUGUUACUUGAAGCUACUCCUCCUACUGUAGCUGCUAAUGGGCCAUCAGUCUCAAUGAGUGAUGGUGGUUUGAAGAGGAAGAGGUUGACUGAUGAAGAGGAAGAAGGAUUAUCCUUUAAGAGGUACCAAACUGUACCUGAUGUUAAUAAAUACAUUGAGGAGCAAGAGGUACAAGUUCAUAGAGUAUCAUCAGUAGAAGAAAUCAAAGUAUGUAAUCCUGAUUCAUGUACUGAUAUUGUCACUAAUAAUUGAGUGAAAAUUUUGCCU